AAUAUUUUAAUUUUCCGUCAACUCGACAAUAAAUACCGGGUCGUUAAAUAAUACUCUUAAUCAAUUGAAUUAAUUACCUAGCUUUGACCACUAGAAUUUCGAAAGAAUCAUGUCACGAUUUGCGUCUCUAGUUUUAUUAUUUUUGCAAUUGUCAAUUUUUUUAAAUAAUCUCCAUGUUUGUAAAGUUCAAGGUCAACUCGUGCGCGAAGGUUCCACAACUUCAGCAGGCGACAAAAGCGUGCUUGAGGAAGGAACGUUCGCAGACUUUAAGACUGACGAGGAUGGCGACCCAAAAUUAGAUUCAAUGGGACUCCGUGAAUUAGUAGUACCUACUGUUGCAGGAUUACCGGAUCCUAAAUCCAAAAUUCAUGAACAAGGAACUACUACUUUGAAUGAUGGUAAAGUGAGGAGCGUACAAGAUGAUUAUGUCGUUGUGGUCGGUGAAAAAAUUGGAGUGAAUAUCGUUGUCGACACUUUAAAAGUGGUAACGAACUAGGACCGAAAAAAAAAAACAAUCGUAUGGCUAUGGACUAAAUUUUUGUCUAAAAAUAUAUGUAAUUAAAUUUUAUUUGUUUCGGAUUCGAAUAUAAAUUAAUAAAAUGUAUUUCGUAA